GUAUGACGUAUGGCCGCUGGACCAACCAUUCUGUCCUUAUAUAUGUCAGGCGUGAACUCCUGAGACCACGCCAAACCAUGUCAUUCUCACAGAAAUACCAUCCACUCCUAACAGUAGAUAAGGGCGCUGGAGAGCAGGAAUCUCUGCAAUGCAGGGACCCUCGCAAAAGGAGAUCUCUCCUCGUCAUCGCUGUCAUCAUAAUCAUGUUUACUUCACUCCCUUUUCAUAACUCUUCUACAUUGGCAAAGCUGCCUUCUCACUACACCUUACCAUCGGGUGAUAAUAUUCCCUCAGUUGCAUUGGGUGUAUGGCAGGCUGGCAAGGGGGAAGUCGGAAAUGCUGUGAAGCUUUGGAACACUUUUCAUGCACCUGAGGACAUUGAGACUGUGCUAGACCAAUCGCUUUCCAUGCUUGGUACCAACUAUCUCGACUUGUACUUGAUUCAUUGGGGCAGUUAUUCACCCACUUGUGCAUCUUGCUUAUUCCGAACAAGACCUGUUGCAUUUAAGACGUGCACUACUAUUUUGGAUGGGGAUCUUACUGCCGAUCCAUAUCCUACUUGGCAGAAGCUCAAAGAACUUGUUGACAAGGUCAAACGGAAUUUGACCGCAAACAAUCUGAAGUACCAGCCAGCUGUCAAUCAAGUUGAGCUCAACUUUUGGAACCCUCAACCCGAACUAUUGAAGGUAUGUUUCCAGCUCAGGCAAGUAGACACUUGUGCUCGAGUUCAUGAGCAAUCCAUAGUUGUCAAAGGAAAACGGGCUUCUUCUCGAGGCGUACUCUCCACUUGGUAGCGACAAGCAAGUCGGAAAGUCUCUCUCUGUCCAGGUAAAGAGCAUCGCAUCCAAACUUAGAAUCACCCCGGCUCAGGUGAUUAUUGUGGAGCAUCCAGCGGUGUAUGUCCAUAUCUCUGUAGCAUUGUGUCAUGACUCUCCUUUCCAAACCUCGAUAGACGAUCGUCCUACGAAGAGCAUAACACCUUCUCGCAUCGCAGAGAACCUUGAAGUAUUUGAACUCCCACAGGAAG